GGGAAAGAGAGAGAAAGGGAGAAAGAGAGCGUGAGAGAGAGUGAGAGAGAAAGGGAGAAAGAGAAAGACGGAGCGAGCCAAAGAGUGAGACGGAGAGAAAGGCAGACCCAGAGCGAGGCUGUGCUUCAGCUCUGCGGCAGGGAGGGGUGCGUGCCGGGAAACCGGCAGCUUUCCUGUAAGUCACAACCGGCCAAUCGGUGGAGAGCCACCACGCAUGUGGCUCCGCGGCACUGCAGAGACACACCGGCUUACAGUGUGUGUGUGUGUGUGAGAGAGAGAGAAAGAGAGAGAGAGAGAGUGUGAGAUAUAGAUAGAGAGAGGGAGAGGAGAGAGGAAAGGGCGUGUGUUUGUGUGAGAGAGAGAUAGAUAGAGAUAGAGCGUGAGAGGUAGAUAGAGAGAGAGAAGACAGAUGAAAAGGCGUGUGAGUGCAGAAAGAGGGCUGUAGGCAGACAGCGUCAGCUCUCAUUUCAGUUCAGAAUAAAGGUCUUCUGAGGGAUUAACCAGGAAAGGAGCGACUGGCUGUUGAGGCUCGGCUCGGGUCCCCAGACGGAAUGAUGGGCACGCGAAACAGGAUCUUGAACUCCACCACCCCGUGGACCACCGUGCAGCUGAAGGGGCAGCUGAAGGGGCAGCUGGAGGGGCAGCUGGAGGGGCAGUCCAGCCUGCAGGGGCAGAGGGGCGACAAGGAGAAGAGCGGGGGGGAGGACGACCCGGCGUGCCGCGAGAUCCCGCCGGAGCUGAGGAAGGUGCUGACGCAGGGCACGGCGGAGGCCAUGGCGUCCAGGCCGCUGGGCACCGAGAAGCUGUGCCCGUUUAUCGCCCAGGCCGAGUGUGACGAGCAGCAAGAGUUCAGCCCCUCCUGUUCACAGCGCCCCUACAUCGGCUCCCCCAACUGCCUCAUCCGCAGGGCCUCCACGGAGAACAACGUGGCCUGGGGGGUUGCCUGCAAGGAGCCCAAGCGCCCCUCCAGCAGCCGCAGGAAGAGACAGCGCCAGAGAAAGCAGAGGGAGAGAGAGGGGGAGGGGGAGAGGGGCAGAGAGACGGCUCUCUCUGGGGUCCCAGAGCAGGAGAGCAGCGGCUCCCCCUGGCUGUUUCACGCACAGGAUGAGGCGCCAGAGUUCACCAGCGGAUGCAGCAGGUACAGCAGCACCCAGAGCCAGGGGGUGCAGGAGACCGAGCGGCCCAGUUGGCAGAGGACAGAGUCCCCCCUUACCUGUGACCCCCGACCCCGGGUCUCCCCCGGUUUUGCCGCCGUGCCCAAAAUGUCCCUGUACGACCAGGAGUGCGCAUCAGAGCGCCACCAGAGCAACCAGGACCACUGGAGGCUCGCCCGGUUCGGCCUCCGCGCCAUCGUCUGCCAGGAAGACCCGCUCUUCGUCCCGUCCUUCUUCAAAGAGGUGGAGAAGGAGGCGAGGCAGGAGGAGGAGGAGGGGGAGGACGGACGGCCGGGGCACUCCGACACCAACGAGGGGCUCCUCUUCCACCCCGAGGAGAAACUCCAGCCCAAUGAUUACGAGUACAGGGAGGGGCGGGACUACUCCGUCCUCCAGCACAUCCAGAACGGGUCCUACGGGGACGUGUACAGUGUUCAGGACAACAGGACAGGCUUCAAGUGCGCUGCCAAAAAGAUACCGCUGAAGCUGUUCCGGAGCGAGGAGGUCGGCUCGUGGAGUGCCCUGGACUCCCCGCGCGUCCUGGAGCUCUACGGGGCGGUCCGGGAGGGGCCCUGGGUCACUCUGUUCAUGGCCCUCAAGUCAGGUUCCGUGGGGCAGCUCAUACGGGAGCGAGGGCGCCUCCCGGAGGACCUCGCCCUGCACUACCACGCGCUGGUCUUACAGGCCCUGGAACACCUGCACAGGAAAGGUGUCCUGCACCUGGAUGUAAAAGCGGACAACGUGUUACUGUCCGAAGAUGGGAAGGAAACGUAUCUGACUGACUUCGGACACUCCGAGAGACUGGACCGGAAUGGGUGGAGCAACAAAGCCAAUUCAGGAGAAGGGUUCCCGGGCACAGAGACCCACAUGGCCCCUGAGGUGGUGAAAGGGGAACCCCGUAGUGCCAAAGCAGAUGUGUGGAGCAGCUGCUGCAUGUUACUGCACAUGAUGACUGGCUGCCACCCCUGGACCCGCUACUACCAAAGCCCAUUGUGCCUCAAGAUUGCACACGAGGAUCCCCCACUUAGAGAAAUCCCAUCCAGCUGCAACUCUUGCACUGCUGAUGUCCUCAAGGCGGGGCUCCAAAAAGAUCCAAUCAGAAGAGCUUCUGCCACAGAACUGAAGGAGAAGACCACUACAGCCCUGAUGGCAGUGGGAGGGCUCACCAGUCCAGUGAAGGGAGCCUAUCAGGAGCCAGCAAAGGCUGAGCCAAUGGAAACCCGCCACAAGUGCUCUGGGCCCCUCCCUUCUCUCCCAGCCCCUCCCAGCCCCACCUCUCCCAGAAAGAGAAACUUUGAGCUGGGGAGGCAGUGCAGAAGCUCCUGGAGGGGGCACUCCAAGAACAAGGAUGAGACGGAGGAGAGCAGCGAUGCCGAUUGGCUCUCCUCGUCUCCCAGACCACGCCCCUUGCUCCACCCCCACAGCUCCAGGCAACCGAAAGGGGAGUGGCCAGAUGUCUCAGUGUUAGCCUGGGAGCUGGAGAAAGAGUUCUACCUGAGCAGCCUCUCGCAGCCACACUCCCUGGAGCUGCAGGAGCAGCUGCUGUCCUGUCUGAGCAGCGGCUGCCAUCGUCAGAGAGACGCUCUGGACAAAGACUCGGGGCACUGGUCUGUGUGCCACAGCGGAGAGCUCAGCUCGGGGGUCUACUCCGGCGGCAGCCUGCUGGACGGGCACAGUUUUGGGGUGGACUGGCGCGGCUCCGCCAACCCGUCCCCACCCUGCUCGUUUGAAGGCGUGGACGUGUGGAUCCAGGACUUCACCGGGCAGUGCCUGCAAAUCCGGGAGAGCCCUGGGGUGACGGUGGGGUACAUCGCCACGGGGAUCAGCGAUCAGAUUUCGGAGAGGGCCUUCUGCUUGGAGACGCGGGACGGCCGACCGGUGUGCCCCGAGGAGGAGGUCCUGGAUUCGGGGCUGUGGCUCCGGUGCACCCCCACCCCCGAUGCCGGCCGCGCCUGGAGGUGGAGGGUCAGGGAGGGCGUUCUGGAGACGAGGGCGUGAGCAGCCCGUCCCUCCGUUCUUCUGUCCGUCCGUCCUGCUGACAGUCUCGUGAGCACCCCCCCCCCCCCCCACCCCACAGGAGGACCCGCACACCUCCUGCUCUUCUGAAGCACAAGUACCAUCCUGAAACUGGCCCGUUCUUAACUAGCAUGCUACAUUACAGUAGCACAAAAAAAAACAAAAAAAACAAAGAGAAUGGUUAAGCUGAGCAAAGAAGACAUCCAUCGGAUAACGGCAUUACCCCUCAGAAGAGUGGGCUUCAUGAAAGGAUUUUUUUCAAACUCUCGGCCGACUCCAGUGUUCUAGAACUCCAUUGGCUUUCAGUCGCCAGUAGUGACUGUGACAUCAGCGUUGGAAUGUUCAGUUGAGAACAUUCUGAUCACGUAUUUGUUAUCCUACAUGUUAAAGGGUUAAUGAGGGUGGCUGGAGUGAUGGCAGUUAUAGGAACAGGGGGAUGGGGAAUUCCCAUUCCACAGUAUCCAGGCGAGGAAUCACUUUUACCUACUGUACCUUAUUUCACAAAAUUCAGUAACGUCUGAACUGACGACUUCUGUAGCUGUAACCCAGUGCUGUUAGAGUGAAUCUGGGACUAGAAGCUAGUCUGUGCUGCUAUGAUUUUUUUUUUUAAUGAAUGUAAACGUUGUCUGUGUGAGAUCUUUUUUUUAAAUGAAUGUAAACGUUGUCUGUGUGAUGUCUUUUUUUAAAUGAAUGUAAACGUUGUCUGUGUGAUAUCUUUUUUUAAAUGAAUGUAAACGUUGUCUGUGUGAGAUCUUUUUUAAUGAAUGUAAGAGUUGCCUGUGUGAUAUCUGUUUUAACUGAAUGUAAACAUUGUCUGUGUGAGAUCUGUUUUAAAUGAAUGUAAAUUUCUGUGUGAGAUCUGUUUUAAAUGAAUGUAAACGUUGCCUGUGUGUGAUCUGUUUUAAAUGAAUAUAGAAGUUUCCCGUGUGAGAUCGUUUUUUAAUGAAUGUAAAAGUUGCCUGUGUGUGAACUGUUUUAAAUGAAUGUAAGAGUUUCCUUUGUGAGAUCUGUUUUAAAUGAAUGUAAAAGUUGCCUGUGUGUGAUCUGUUUUAAAUGAAUGUAAGAGUUUCCCGUGUGAGAUCUGUUUUAAAUGAAUGUAAAAGUUGUCUGUGUGAGAUCUGUUUUAAAUGAAUGUAAAAGUUGCCUGUGUGAGAUCUGUUUUAAAUGAAUGUAAAAGUUGCCUGUGUGAGAUCUGUUUUAAAUGAAUGUAUAAGUUGCCUGUGUGUGAACUGUUUUAAAUGAAUGUAAGAGCUCUCUGGCUGUGUGAAACUGUAUGAAUACUGGUCCCAGUCCAUUAACUCUUUUUUUUUCCACAAUUCCAAGUCAGGGUUCUAUAAUUCCACUGGUUUCCGUCACCAGUGGCGGCUGUCACAUCAGCAUUAGAAUGUUCAGUUCAGAACAUUCCGUUCAUACGUUUGUGACCUCACACCUUAUAGGGUUAAAGACGAGAGGGAGACCAGGCCCCCCCCUGAGUCGCACUGCAGGAGGGGCAUGUUGCACCCCUGGCUGUACCUGUCUAUCUUGUACUGUAUAUAUUAAAUAAAUGUAUUUUUUAAAGUG